AUGACAAACGACAUGAAUUUAAUUGUAAGGUGUGAAGCUAGCACAGCCAGCGAUAUAACAAACUCAUUCAAUAACAAGGGUAAUGGAACACAGGACUUCACCAACACAACAGUAAUCAUCAUCAAUGGAGAGUGGUCAUAUUGCUCAAUGUUUAACUUGCAGGCUGUCCACUGGUUUGUCACCUACUCCGACACCCGUUUCAGUGAAUUGAGUUUUCCAAAAGGAAAAGCGAAAAUGGCUAAACCCCCGGAGCCGCCGCCGGCUGAGGCAGGCGAUGGUGUUGAUCCUGAAGGGUUGGCUGGAGCGCGCUGGCAGAAAAGCGAUGUGGUGGUGGAAGGUGACAGAAGAUACAAAGGAGUAAGGAAGAGGAAGUGGAAGUGGAACAACCAUUGA